CCCAUCUUCUUGUCCUCAAAGCCAAUAAUCUAGCGACGACGACGAUCAUGGCGGAUGUAGAGACGGCAGCGGCAGCAGUGCCAGCCACAGCUCAGCCAGCUCAAGCCUCAACAUCUGCUUCACCAGCCCCACCGCCGUCUGGGGAUGACCCUUCGGCCACCUCGACGGUGUACAUCAAGAACCUCAAUGAGAAGGUCAAGUUGGACAUCCUCAAGACGUCCCUGAAUUCCCUCUUCUCCGUCUAUGGGCACGUCUUGGGGAUAACGGCGCAUGGCAAUCUUCGCAUGCGGGGCCAGGCUUUCGUGGCAUUCGAUGAUGUAGAGGUGGCCAAGAAGGCUGUGAAAGAGGUCAAUGGGUUCCCACUCUAUGGAAAGGCAAUGCAACUGUCCUUCGCCAAAACCCGCUCAGACUCGGUCGUCUUGCACCAGCAUUCAGGCGACUCCUCCUGUCCUGACUUUCAAUCCCACAAGUCUGAGCGCCAAAGACGCAAGGAAGAGCGCAAAGCCGCAGAUGCAGCAACCAAUGCAGCCAAUGCAGGAUCAAAGCGCAAAGCCCCCGACGGCGGGGUUAGUGCGAAUGGAGAGCCUGUCCCGAAGAAGGCAGCACAACUACCGGACGAGUAUCUCCCUCCCAACCCUAUCCUCUUUAUUCAGAAUCUACCCAGCGAGGAUCCGCCUACGAGGGAGGUGCUGGAACCCCUCUUUGCUGCUUAUGAGGGGUUGCAGGACGUGAGGAUGAUCCCAGGGCGCAACGUCGCAUUUGUGGAGUAUGCGAAUGAGGGGUUGGCUGCUCGGGCGAGAGAGGGAUUGAACGGGAGGAAGAUUAGGGAGACAGAUGAGCAGGGGAUCAAGAUCACCUUUGCAAGGGCGCAGUAGACGUGGGAAGGGCAGCAAGGAGU